AUGCUACUCGGUGCGCCAGUCAGUUGGGGCAGCAAGAAGCAGCCAAGUGUUUCGUUGUCCACGACUGAAGCCGAAUACAUCGCACUCAGCUUGGCGAUUCAAGAGGGCAAGUGGAUUCAUCGUCUGCUUUGUGAGAUUGUGAUGGCUGCCAAUGAAGAAGGACCGGAACUCAUGAUCCAUGAAGACAAUCAGUCGUGUAUCAAGAUGACGAAGAACCCAGUCAACCACGGCCGUGCCAAGCACAUUGAUAUCAAGUACCAUCACAUCCGUGAUGAGGUCAAGCGCGGUGAAGUGAAGCUCAAGUACUGUGAAACUGCGGUGAUGUUAGCGGACAUCAUGACGAAGGGACUUCACGGGCCACGCCACAAGGAGAUGACGGCGACUCUCGGGAUUCGUGAGCAUUCGGAUUGA